UUCAGGUGCACGCUAGGCCCGGGCUAGAUGAAUCUGGCGCGGCGAGGAAACGCGUGGUGGCGAGGAAAGUGACGAUGGACCCGCAGGGAGAACAGCUCGCGAGAAAGACGUGGUACGCGAAUCCAAUGGCGUCGUUCGCGGAUGAUGCGAUCGCGGCGAUGAUGCAGUGAUCCAGGUGAUCGAUCAGUGGUGACCGACGGGAGGACGAUGCAUCACUCCGGUGGCGCCGGUUACGGGACCGGGCCCCAGGAGCGAGUGCACCAGGCGCCGCGAACUACCGGCCAACCUGACAAGUGUCCAUACGAGACCUACCAGGCCCAGAUACCGGACUGCUGUGCAGCUGCAGCCGCGGUCCAGGACCCGUAUCCACGGCCGCCCAGCGGAUACGACGGCAGGUGCUACGACGAGUGCCAUCGCAGGACUCCCUACCAGGAGGACACCUAUCCCCAGGAUGUACCACCGAGCUUCCAUCGACCCCAGUCCAGGCUGGGAUACGAGGAACGUCCCCAAUCGCGCGUGGGAUAUACCUCGGAUUCCAGGUGCGCCAGUGGACUCGGGUACGAUGACACGGGCGGCGGAUACCUGGACCAGAGCGAUCCGAGGAUGUAUUGCACCAGCGGUUACUGCAUGGGGGACACCAUGAUGGCCGCGAGCAGGGGCGUCUGCGGCGAGGAGGUUGAACUAGACAUGCGGAGGCACAUUCAGGCGUGUGCCUGCACCUGCAACCACAUGGGCUACGGCAACUAUAUGGACUAUCAGACGACGUGCCUAACAGAACUGCCAGACGUGGCACCGUGCAACGGCACAGUGCGACUGCCACCGCCGUGCGAGGAUUCGCCAAGCAGCGGCAGCAGCAAAGACCGCAGGGAAGAGAGUCCUCGCAGAAGAUGCCGGGUGUUGGCGCCCAUCUUGCUCCUGGUGGCGGCUCUGCUUCUUGGUGGGCUUUGUCUACCAUUGCUUCUACAAUCCGCGCCUGUCACGCAUCAGCAGAGGCUGGACGUGAUCAGGAGGAUCCUCACUGAAGUGCCUCUGAUCGACGGGCACAACGAUUUGCCCUGGAACGUCAGAAAGUUCGUACACAAUCAACUCGGCGAGGUCAAUCUGAGCAGCGAUCUCGGCAGGGUUGAUCCUUGGGCCAGAUCCGACUGGAGUCACACGGACAUUCCUAGAUUACGUGCUGGUCUCGUCGGUGCACAGUUUUGGUCUGCCUACGUUCCAUGCGGUGCGGCACAGUUGAAUGCGGUUCAACUUUCCUUGGAACAGAUCGACGUGAUCCGCCGGCUCGCCGAGAUGAAUGCUCAACAUUUAACUUUGGUUACCUCCGUCAAAGGUCUUAUCGAGGCGCAUCGAGAAGGGAAAAUCGCAAGUCUCAUCGGGGUGGAAGGUGGUCACUCCCUAGGGAAUUCCUUGGGUGUUCUCAGGACAUUUUACGGCCUGGGCGCGAGAUACCUUACCUUGACGCAUGCCUGCGAUACUUCCUGGGCAGUCUGUUCAGUUGGCGAGACGAACAGUACCCAGGAUUCGACGCCAGGCCUCAGCGAGUUCGGAAAGGCAGUUGUCAGGGAACUAAACAGACUGGGAAUGCUAGUGGAUCUCUCUCAUGUCUCGACGAGGACCAUGAGGACGGCCCUGCAGACGACGAGGGCACCGGUGAUUUUCUCUCACAGUGCUGCCAGGGCACUCUGCAAUUCCACUAGAAACGUGCCAGACGACGUGCUUAGAAAUCUGGCUAAAAAUGGCGGGGUGGCAAUGGUUCCGUUUUAUACAUAUUUCAUCACGUGCAACAGUACAGCCACCAUAAAGGACGUUAUUGCACACAUCAAUCACAUUCGAAAGGUGGCGGGGAUCGAUCACGUUGGAAUAGGAGCUGGCUUCGACGGGAUAAAUUUUACUCCCACCGGCUUGGAGGAUGUCUCCAGGUAUCCGCAGCUAUUGGCUACACUGCUCGAGGAUCCAACAUGGACGGAGGAAGACAUUAAAAAGCUAGCUGGCCUCAAUUUGUUGAGGGUGUUCGCGAAGGUCGAGCAGGUGCGCGACGAGUGGCACAGGGCGGCGGUACUGCCAGUGGAGAAGAUCAGUCCGCCAGACAACUCCGCCUGUGUCUACGGAGCGUCUUGAUCUUCUUUGAGGACAUUCACGGCAGGAUUCCUCGACUUUCUACGAUCGCCGAAGAUUCGACACGUCUCAUGGAACUACAGGACCCUGUAAACGUGCGGACUGGAUCAAGCUGAAUGAUCGCCUCUCCCGGUGUGAUAACAUCUUUUCGUGUUUCCCUGGGAAGCCCGAUCGCGCCUUAUGAAAAAUGAAAAAUUGCGCAAGAGCGUUCCAUCUGAUAGAAGAACUGAUAGAAGGUCGAGGCCACGUGCUUGAACGAUCAUCUUCAGGACAAGUUCAAUCUUCUUUCCUUAUUCUUCCCUCUUUCCUUACGUUCGUUCUCUUCUUUUCACUCGACGUACAUACGGUCGUCAAACCAAAUGUCGUGCGAUUGCAAUUCCUUUUUCUUCGUUUUCUUUUCUUUUUUUUUUUUCUUUUUCCUUUUUGUUGAUAAACUGGUAAUUUCUGAGGAACGUUAUACAUGACGACAAAACGAACUAUCUUGCUCUCCAUAUUGUUGUUGCAGUCGAACGAACAUAUCUAUGCAACUAUGUUGAUUUGCUGCUAUUUUAAUAGCUGGAUACGUCCGUCCAUACUUUCAAGCAGGCUCGUUGAGAAUCUCCUUCCUUGGUUUGGUUCCUUGCCGAUCGAUCGCAUCCAAUUUCGAAAUCAGCUUUUCUCGAUAUUACGCGAGAAUUCAUAGAACCGUGACAGACCACGUUGCGAGAGCUUUUAUUCCGUUUUGUUCCAACGCUGUUGUAACGUCACGAAACUGUUGAAAUUUAUGGGAACAGAAAUAUAUUUAACAAAAGCCCAAGUCGUAAUGAUCAACGCGACUAUAUAACGUCUACGUAAAGGUGUACCGUUCCACGGAAAUCUGAACUCGUUCUGAAGAUAUUCAUAGACGAAUACAAUUCGAGUAUAAGCGUUAAGAAAAAAAAAAAGAAAAACAAGCGUUCCUGAAUGAAUAACUUAUAAUUCGACGCGGACAAUCGAGGCGGCCGAGAAUGCGCUUGCUGGAUGAGAAUUUAUUUCGCGAACGAGGGAGAGAUAUGUUCUCUUCUGGGUAUCGAGAACCGAAGACAGAAUUCCGAUAAUGCUUUUCGAUAUUUCUACCUUGGGAUAAUUAUGUAAGAUCUCAAGCGACGGAUACCAGGCGGCACGCGUUCAAACGUCGAUCGAUCGAUCACGAAUUUAACGAUGAAUCUCGUUCGAUUCGUUUUCAUUUUCAUUUUCAUUUUCAUUUCGUCUUUCGUUUUCGCAACUGCGUGACGUUUGUAUAAACCGAUUGUAUAAAACAGACGAGAUUUUUAAGUAUUGCAGGUAAAUAUUAUACAGGUUGAACAAAAAAAAAGGAUUCGCAACAUCUAGAGUAGAUAUUACUCGCCAUGGAAUAUGAAAAAAGAAAGUCUCAACAAGCAUGGAUAUUAGUCGAAAAAUUAAUAAUCUCAAAUCAGUAAAACGAUUUUUUGUUUCAGUUGAGAUUCGUGUGAAAAAGUUGGAACCUAAUCUAACCUAAUCUAACCUAAACUUUCUGUAAUCAGAGAAGGAAGUAAUUACAAGUUAGGAUAAUAAAAAUCGUUUGUGACUUUGAAACUGUUAAUCUUUCGACCCACGUUUAUUAGAAUCUUUUUCAGAUUUCGACGAGUAUCUACUCUAGAAGUUACGAACACCUUCUUUCUAUUCACCCUGUUCACAUUCCUUGAGGAAUAUCUUUGUCUUUCUUUUCUCCCCCUUUUUUAAUUUUUUUUUUAAUAUAAACGAGAUCGAGCGAAUUUUGUCCUUGUAAACAAACACGAUUAAAAUAAUCGUUUGAACGCUUGCUCCAUGUCGGCUCAACAAGUGCGCUUAAGACACCAAGGAAUUAAAUAAAGGAAAACUGAA